AUGGGUCGAUGCGUCGGUUCCCAACAGCAUCCAACAACCGCUUCAGAGGAGUAUAUCGAGGCUGCAACGGUCACCUCCGAGUGUGAUGUAGCGACACCGUUCGAACCCGUCGAAAACCAGACUACACCAGUGGCGAUCGUAACAGGGGCUGGGACCACAGCUGCUCCAGAAAUCCUACCGACCUGCCGGCCUGUUGAGGCCGAUUUCAACGCGUCGUCGACGGCAGUCCGAGUGCUAGGCGUGGACAAUGAGAGACGAUUUACCUCUACCACUUCAGGAGUACGACUUGAUGCGACCGUAUCCAAAACCGAACGAAUUGGUCCAGGACAGGGACCACCAACCGGAAUUGUUCCUUUAGUACACCAGCAGACGGUGGUACCAGUUUCUAUUGAAUCGCAGCGAGACCAUCAGACACGGAAUGAUAAGGGAACCGCCCCGAACGACAAUCAUUUUGCCAUGACGUCACGCGCAGGAGGGCAAGGUAAAACCUCCAUCAAUACAGGUCAACAGCGAAUCAGGGGUCCCGAGAUGUUGAUUGCGUUCCAUUCAAGUCCGUUUUCGGCACCACUACAGUCCGGUCAGUCCAAUCGGGGGUUCGAGCUGGACGUGGACAUCCUUUUCGCCGACUCGGACUCGUACGACUUUGCCCAGGGUAAUCGGUGCGAGUUCCACAUCAAUGCGUCCAGCCCAGACGAGGUUUUGUUCUCACGACGCGGCCGAAUGGGCCAUCUAUUGAGCCCACGCCACACACUGCCACCCAAUACGACGUGCACAUAUUUCUUCCACGGCAUCCCUUCGGAUCUGGUAUGGAUUUCCUUCACGAGCUAUCAUCUCCAGGUAUUGCAGCCGAGCGUGAGCAGCGAUAACGUAACUAUCGGCAAGAGUGAGUCGCCUCUACCGUGGAUAACUCGGCUUCGCAUCUGGGACAGCGCCGGAACAUACGUCCCCAUCAAAACCACCUCACCGUCAUCCAUUACAACGUCGUCGUCGACUGCUGCUCAAACGGCAGCGUCUUCCUCGCUAGCGUACGGUAGCAGUGGUGGUACCACUCCAGUAUUCGCCGGAACCAGUACCACUGCCCUCUAUCAACAGGCGAUGAACCGUUCCGUGGGAACUUACUACGGAACGUUGAAUCAGCACGGCAAAAGCCUCACCAUCAACAUCGACAACGUUUGGAAUCCCGUCGAUCAGUACAUCUACGGACCCACGGUAAACAGCAUUUUCAACCAACCCCAAGUUCCUUCACAUCCGUCACAGCAGCAUCACUCGGGCGCAAGUGCUGCCGGCUUCGGGAUGUCCAACGAGAAGGGACUGGUGUACGGCGGUGCACAACACGAUAAACCAUCCAAGGGAAAGGGAGCCAAGGAUGCGUCACGGCACGGAAAAGACAACGAGGUGUUUAAGGAACAUGGAGGAUCUGGGCGCAAGUCAUCGCGCAGCAACCGCCGGAUGGUGGCCGAGUUUUACGACAAUCAAUCGCCGAAGUUGUGCGAUCACGUUUCACUGGAAACCAAGGGAAGCCGGAUGCGCCCCUGUACGCCGCUGGAGAGUUACGUCAGCACGGGUAGUGACUUGAAAAUCGAGUUCCAUACGAUGACGGGGACUUCGCUGUUUCCGUCUAGCUUCGGAAUCAACUACGAGUUCAUCGACACGGAUCUGGGUGGUGAACCGUAUUUGGGUCACAAAGGUGAAGAAGUUCCUUUGCUGUGUUCGAGAGUGUUUCGCAAGAGAAAAGGAGAGUUUCAAUCGCCACGGAAUGCUUUUCUUCAUGGUCGAGGUGGAGCGAAGAACAUCUCCUGUUUGUACCGAUUCGAAGCUUCCGUAGGAGAAAGGGUUCGCAUCGAGUUGUACAAUGUAUCAUUCGGUGAGUCUGAAUCCUGCAUAACUGAAUCCGACGGCCACACGGGAAGAGCCCGUUGCGCUCCUUCGGAAACCAAUCUGGAUGGUCGAGUAGGCGAGCUACGGAUUUUCGACGUUCCGUACAAGGACGUCAAGAUACCGCUCGGGUGUUUCUGUGACAACACCAGCAGCUCCUACAACUCCCCGCUGACGUUUAUCUCCAACUCUCGCACACUGGAAUUGACUUUUGUGGUGACAAAGUUGAACAUAUCCGAAGACUUCGCCGAUAUCUAUUUCCACGCUUCUUAUGAUUUUAUACGAGUUCCCGAGUGUCGGAAGCGGUUGUUCCUGCGGGGAUCAGGCGGGGAAGAUGAAGUCAGUUAUCCGCUGCGAACGCACGAGGCAAGCUGCGACGGGCUUCCUUGGUAUAUUGAGGCCCAGCAGCAGGAUCGGAGUCUGUUUGUGCGAACGUGGGGAAGUUUAUUGGCGAUUGAACCAGUCCAGGACGAGUUUUCAAAGUGCAACACGCGCAACAGGCUUAUGGUGUACAGUGGGAAACCACUGAAACUCGUGCAGGUUAUCUGUCCAUCUGCUCCGUCCAGUAGAGCAAGUCAGUUGCACAUCUUUUCCGAAGACUGGUUAAGCAGUCAACCAUUCCUCAGUUCAGAUAGGCCUGUCAACUUGGUUCUGGAGCCGAUUCACAAGGAAAGUGGCAGCAUUGCAUUUUCCUGGAUGGAGAUUCAGCAUACGAAGGCAUCGCUGAUACAGCAGUUGGAGCAACAGACCAACACAACAGGCAACGAUACCCUGCUGGAGUUUGGCCUUUUUCCGCGGGAGUCCGAGUGCGAACACCAGUGCCCGGAAAUCAACGCCUGCAUCAGCAGUGAUUUGUGCAUUAUUGAAUCUGAAAUUUUGUUAACGCAGGUCAGCCAAACUGUCCAUCAGGAUUCGACGAAAGCGGACAGGGGAUGUGGCAGCCGACUGAUGGAGCUUCCGGAGGCAUCUUUGCCGCCUUCGGUUGCCUCGCCGCAGCCCCUGUGCGCCUGUUUCAUUUUCUGCGUCCUUGCCAUGGUCAAGAAGCGCCGGAAAUCCAACGAGAAGUUGAAGACGGCACCCAGCUCCCUGAAUGGAACCCUCUCCAAGAAGGACUACAAGAAGGAACCGCUGUUCUUCGAUCCGGACUCCUGA